GAGGCGAGCAGCACGGAGGCUAGAAGUGGCUUUGGAAAUGAUCGCGUCUGUAUUUUCUCCUGCCGCGUUGGGCUGCUGGGGGCUGAGACAGAUCCACAGCAGCAAAAUCGCCUGUAUCAUAUAACUGGCGCAAAAGUCACUUCCAAGCCUUUGUGUGUGUGUGUGUUGUGUAUGUGUGUUUAUUUAUUUAUUAUUAUUAUUUUUUUUGCAAUGAUGAUGGCUUGAGCUCUCCAUCAUCAGGAAGCUGUAGAGAAUAAUACAUCGUGUCUCCAGAACGCGCAGUUUCCUAAUGCGCGCUUGGCUCGAGCUGCGGUUCGUGUUGUGAUCCAGAUCUGAAUGUCCACCGCAUCCGGAGCCAUGGCAGGGAAAGAGGAGCAGCUUUACGCCAAAGUGACUCCCCGCAGGCAGCGCCAGAGCCGCGCAGGGACCCUGAAGCACGGCUCGUGCCUGGACGUGCUGCUCAGCAUGGGCUUCCCCAAGACCCGAGCGCUGAAAGCAUUGGUUUCGACCGGUGGCAGAAAUGUACAGGCGGCCUGUGACUGGUUAUUCUCUCAUGUGGACGACCCGUUUCUUGACGACCCCUUGCCAAGGGAGUUCGUGUUGUACCUACGCCCGAGCGGGCCGCUGCUCCAUCAGCUUUCUCAGUUCUGGCAGCAGAGUCGCGUCAUGUGUGGCAAGAACAAAGCUCAUAACAUCUUCCCCCACAUCACGCUCUGCCAAUUCUUCAUGUGUACGGACGCUAAGGCCGAGGCACUGUGUGAGGCGUUGCAGACUGUCGUGGGACAGUGGCGAGGCCGUUUCCCCUCCCCCCUUCCACUGGAGCUCUACAUCUCCUCCAACUUCAUUGGCCUCUUUGUCGAGGAGAAGAUAGCUGAGGUGCUCAAGAGCUUUGCGGCUGAUUUUGCCACCGAGGCUACUGCCAAAGCAGACGUCCAUGUGGAGCCACAUAAGAAGCAGCUUCACGUAACUCUGGCCUACCAUUUCCCAACCAAUCACCUCACCUCAUUGGAAAAGCUGGCUAGGGGAGUGGACGUGUCUCUGGGCUGCGAUUGGCUCGCCGUUCUGUUCUCACGGGACAUCCGAUUCGCCAAUCACGAGACAUUGCGGGUGAUGUAUCCGUACACUCCCCAGAAUGAGGACGAACUAGAGCUAGUGCCAGGAGACUUCAUCUUCAUGUCUCCAGUGGAGCAGGGUAGUGCCAGUGAGGGCUGGGUUUAUGGCACAUCAAUGGGCACGGGGCUUUCUGGCCUGCUGCCUGAGAACUACGUCAGCCGAGCAGACGAGUGUGACACAUGGGUGCUUCAUGGGUCCCAUUCUUUCCUCAACUGUACCUCCCCAACUGUAGGAUUUGGUGCAGUAGGCGGGUCUGUUUUUGAUGGACAGCUGGAUGGACGUCUCCUUGAUGACCACAGCUCAGUGGAACAACACCCUCUGAGUGUCGUAUGUCAACCGAUGCAGGUGCUACGCACCAAUAGCCAGUCUCGACUGCCCAAGAGAACCCUGUUUGUGUGUCGUCAUGGUGAGAGGAUGGAUGUGGUGUUUGGAAAACACUGGAUCACCCAGUGCUUUGAUGCCAAAGGUCGUUAUGUCCGAUCCAACCUCAAUAUGCCGAGUAGUCUUCCAGUGCGGAGUGGAGGGUACAGGGAGUAUGAUAAGGACUGUCCUAUCACUGUGUUUGGAGCCACACAGGCUCGAUUAGUGGGAGAGGCCCUGUUUGAGAGUCACACAGUUAUUGACUUUGUGUACUGCUCGCCCUCCCUGCGAUGUGUGCAGACAGCCCAUAAUAUCCUCCGAGGGCUUCAGCAGGAUGGGAAGACUAAAAUACGAGUCGAACCUGGACUCUUUGAGUGGACCAAAUGGGUAUCGGGGUCAUCCUUACCCACCUGGAUUCCACCUACUGAACUGGCAGCUGCUAACUUUAGUGUGGACACAACCUACAGACCUCAUAUUCCCAUCAGCAAGCUGACUGUGUCAGAGUCGUACGACACUUACAUCACCCGCAGUUUCCAAGUGACGCGGGAAAUCCUAGCCGAGUGUAAAGCCCUGGGAAACACAGUGCUGAUAGUGGCCCACGCUUCGUCUUUAGAGGCCUGUACACGCCAGAUGCAGGGCCUCAGCCCACAGAACUCCAAAGACUUUGUGCAAGUGGUCCGGAAGAUCCCGUACUUGGGUUUCUGUGCCUGUGAAGAGAUGGGCGAGACGGGGGUGUGGCAACUCGUGGACCCACCCAUCCUCCCCCUGACCCAUGGGCCCAAUCAUAGCUUCAACUGGAGGGAAACUCUGCUGCAGGACUGACAGGCUCUGCCUUCUUUCGGUUGGCCCGCCUUUUAGCUCUUCUCACCAAGGGCAGCUGAGAAUCACGCUGUCAUUCACUCUCUUCUUCCACUCUGUGGCGCUCCUGCACCAUUAGAUCUUACACAGAGCAAACACAGGCUUCCAUACAGCAGCCUCUCUGCUGCACGAUUCCAUUCUGAUUCUGUACGUCUCUGUGUGUUGCAGCAAUGCUGUCUGUGUCCAUAACUACGCUCAUACAUUUAUGUCAUGCCCUUAUUACAGGGCAUGUUUACUGCUUGACUGUCAUGGAUUAGUGUGAAAGUUCAAGGCUGCUAUGUGCAGUAGCUAAAGUAGCCGAUGACUUCCACGGGUUUCCCAUCUCAGCAAGAGUUUCACGCUAGCUACAUCAAAAGUACAUCAACCGACGCUUCCAAGAUGGCCGCCAUCCUAAGCAGCCUUGCUCACCCUCGUAAAACUGAUGCCGCAAAGGGAACAUGGCCGCCGCCAGACACACUGUGAGAAAAGCAGACAUGUUCAGCGUUUUGCACCAAGCUUCCAGGCUACUUUUCAAAUAUCUUGUCAACCGAAAUCAAGCACAAGAGACGAAACUCAAGCAUGACAAUCAGAAAGGAGCAGAGCGGUUGGGAAGAAGCUGACAUGUCGUCUCAGACAAUGAGUUCGCCUCAGGAUGAAGUUGGUAUAGGGCUUAUUUUAGCAGUUCAUCAAUGUUGCAUGCAAAAUAUUAAUAAACCAGGGCUUCUCAAACUUUUGACAGCUGGGGUCCCCUUUAACUAUAAAAUAAAUUCCAUGCCUCCUCUUAGUUUAAUCCAACUAUUCAAAUAAGGUUAAUUAUUUAAAAAUAUGCAUAAUAUUUUGCCUAUUUAUUGCAGCCUUGGUUUAUAGGCCAGCUUGUUUUUGAGUUACUGAUGUUUGGACUAAACCCAUUCAAUACAAAUGACAUGUCAAACAGGUCAAUAGUUACGAGAACUCAAUAAUACAUAUAAUAACUUUAAUAAUAAUUGGUUGUGACUUAUAUCACUGUAACGAAGUAAAAAAAAAAUAAAAGAAAAACAUAGACCCCGGGAGCCAUUUUGAGAACCAGUUGUUCAAACAGUCGGGUCAAAAAGUCUGAGUCGACCAUCAAGCACUGUUUUGAGUUCAUCAGCAGUUCUAUUGAAACUGUUUGGGAAUUCAUCAUACACCAUUUACUUCAGUAAAUAUAGUGAUAUACACUACAUGGCCAUGAGAAUGUGGAUCAUCACACCCAUAUGUGGUUCUUCCCUAAACUGUUGCCGCAAAGCUGGACGCACACAAUUGUGUAGAAUGUCUUUGUGUGCUGUAGCAUUAAGAAUAUUCCCCAUUACUGAAACUAACGGGCCCAAAAAUGUUCCAGCAUGACAGCGCCACUGUGUGCAAAGCAAGGGCCAUGAAGCCAUGGUUGCAGUGGAAGAACUUGAGUGGCCUGAUGCUAAUGCUCUUUUGGCUGAAUGAGCAAAUCCCUACAGCCACGCUCCAAAAUCAGGUGGAAAGCCUUCCCAGAAGAGUGGCGGUUAUUAUAACAGCAAAGGACAAAAAUCUGCAAAGGGAUGUUCAGCAAGCACAUAUGGGUGUGAUGGUCAGGUGUUCACAUACUUUUGGCCAUAUAGUGUAUAUGAUACAUUCAAAUAGUCACAUAUAUACAUCCAGAACACAGAAUUAACCCAUGAUCUUAACUCAAUUACUGUUCUAUAUGCGUUAUACGUUAUCACACUUACAGCGGUCAAUAAGAACGUUUUUAUAAGUUAUAUAACGCAUAAUAAUGUAAUCUUGUCAGCAAAAUAUAAUUUCUAUUAAAAUGCUGAAAGCAGUUCUUGGUAACAGACUCAGACUUUUUUUAACCCCACUAUAUCAUGGUAUGUAAAUGCUUGAUAAGCUCUUUAUGAGCAACAGGUCAAUCAGGAAGCCUUACUUUUUGGAUAGGAACUUGGAAAGUAGUCCACAAACAAGUACACUUCUGUACAUAGUAGCACACAUCAAACUAUUUCAUGCUUUUCGUUCUCAAAUGACAAGCAUAUAAUUGCAUUUAUUUAUCUAUUCAUAGCAUAACUGCUAAGAAUUUUUUCUGGUGCUUCAUAUAAAGUAUUUUUGCUUUUCUCUCUGUUUUGCAAGCAGAGGAAUCAAACUGUAGCAAAAUUUAAAACAUGCAGUCUCCUCCCCCUUAUUUUUGCUAUACACAUCAGCCUUCGCAAGUUACACUCUUUCCUGAUCCGUUUGUGUAGUUUCGGGUCUUAUGCUAGUUUAGGUGUGAACAUGAGGUUGAACAACAUGCCAAGUCUAUAUGUUCUGUAUCACAUUUUAUGAUUUUUAACAUGAAUUUUGUGAAUCUGUUUGAUGUUGAUGUACCAAGUAUGGUUUCAGUUUACUGGAUGGUUAUGCAUAAUUUGUCAAACUAAUUUUUAUAAUCAGAGGCAUGCAUUUUUAUCUUUGUGUUAUUAACUGUCCCUCAGUUGUGAUGUGAGCCUCAAACUAAUUUUUUUUUGUCUUCUAAAUAAUGUUAUGUCUUCUAAAUGAUGUUCAUUUCUUCCCAGUUAUACAGCGAGGAAUUGAUUACCUUCACACUUAUUUAAAGUUCUUAAAACUUGCUUACAGUCGUGGUGACUUGAAAUGUGUCUUAGCUCAUUGGAAAAAAUUGCUUCCUGUGAAGCUGUAUAUGUGGGUUUAAUGAAGUGUGUGUGUGUGUGUGUGUGUGUGUGUGUGUGUGUGUGUGUGAGAGAGAGAGAGAGAGAGAGAUUACUCUACCUGAGAUGAAAAUGCCACUUGAUGAACAUAAAAUGCCAAAUUAUAUAGCGAUCGUUCUUCCAAAAUGGCUGCAUUCACACAUCAUUCACAUAUCGCUGUAGGUUAAAAAGAGCUGGAGGAAAUGCUAAUGGCUCCUUAAUGCUAAUAAGUCAACCAUGCACUUGAUCGUGAGAGAGGAUGUCUCAGAGCUUGCUAAGAUUCUGAAUAGUAGCCCCGGGUUUCACUGCUGUUUUAACACACGCUUGUCAGCUUCUCGUCGCAAUCACCCACAUCUCACGGGUGGCAGUACACGCACUCAAUUUUUCCAUGAACUUCUUAGCAGCAAGAGCAAUCAUGUACUUGGACGCAUUUCCUUCCCAGUUUGUACAGGCUGUUUCAUUUAUAUUGCGUACAGCAUUCGGGUUGCUAACUAGCCUGCUUGCAAUUAGCCGACAGUAUAAAGUAAUGAAGUUGUCAGCUAUGAGGUACAAAAGAAAACGUUUGCCUUAUAAAUUCCAAUCUGAAAGCAACAAUUCAAUGUUACAUUGACAAAAAAUAUUAUAUAGCAGGGGUAUUCAACUAAAAUUUGUAAGUUCCUUGCUUACAAAGAUAACUAACGUGACAAAAUGGUGAAGACGUAUACCAUUUAAUGCUUAUGUAUUAAUAAUUAUUAAUGAUUUUUGCCUAUGAAUAAGAGGAAUUGAAGUGGUUAUGUUUUGUAUGUUUUAGCACCACUCUCUUUUUGUCAUGGAUUUAAUUUUAAACAAGCCAUGUUUACAGUUAUCUAAUCAGACCAAAGAUGGUAAAUUAAAAUUAAACCUGUAUGAAAGUCUGUAAAAAACGCUCCCCUUUUCUGACCUAAUGUCUACAGCCCAGUAUCUAGUCUCUAGACCGAUGAGGUACCUUCAGCUAAAUAGUUUACGUAAUUGUAUGUGAUUGGCUGCAACAUAGGAUCUCUUACAGAAACCAUGCUGUUCCAUGUUUCGAAAAUUAAAGUCAGUGAACUAUGGCCAUGUUUAUCGCUUCUGCUACAGUAUUUUUCAAAUACUCAGUUUGGUGUGCUGAAAUACUUUACUGGAUGUAUGUCUGGACCAUGAUCCUCUAGCUGAUGAUCCCUGCUCUAUAUUCUUGUGAACAAUUAUAAACAGCUUUAUUCACGUUUUUUGUUAACUUGUUAACGUGAAUCAAGCGUUUUUCCAAGUGGUCACACUUGAAAAAACCCUUGGCUUAAGUUCAUAAACAUUCCUAAAAGUAGCAAAGAGGAUUCAACCAAGAGAAAGCAGAAAAAGCCGACAAGUGUGGGUUCAAAACAGGAGGAACCUGGUCUUAAAUAAAGCUUCACCUGUUUGGUCUAUUUAGUAUUUAAAUGAAAGAAAUUUCAUUACGACAAGGUUUAGAACAGUGCUGAAUUACAAACUAUAGAAGCAAGAAGACAAACUGAAGCAAACUUUAUUCAAUGUUUUAUCUGGGAAGUGCAAAAAAUGAGGCUGUUGAACUAAAACAUACAACCGCAGAUAGGAAGCCUAAGUAUAUGAGUAAUAAUAAGCAUAUAAGUAAUAAGUUAGUACACAAAUGAUGGCAGGAAUGGCAGAUGGAUGAUGGUGUCAUCAAUAACCUUGUGAGCUCAGUUCAGCUAUUGUGUGUAAGCCAUAUAUUCAUAUUCAAUGACAUGCUGUUUAAGCUGAUAUUGUUACUCACGGUCAUUAAAGUGCAGCUUCUGACCUUGGGUCAUGUAGCUCUUAUCCACAUGCCAGCUCAUGCAUGCGUGAAGCCACACAAUUCACUCCUUACAGGUAACUUCUUUACUUGAAACAAGUACACACAAGUAUACUGCAAGUUGUGUUCUGUGUAAUUAAAUUAUUACUUUGAUUCUUAUGCAUUCCAAGGAUGUGUUCCAGAAGAUUGUUAUAUUUUGCUGCAAAGGAUUAUCUCUGUAAAUUGUUUCAGAUUAUUUUGCGACUUAUCUGCUUAAAAGAUAUUAACAAUGUUUGAAAAUAAAUGUUUUAUCACCAUGA